AUGGAGACACUUCCGAGACUCAAGGAAGGGGCGUCUCUUCAAGUCGGCAAGCAGAAGGCAACCAUUGUCCGAUACAUCUCCGAAGGGGGAUUCGCCCAGAUAUACGAGGUCCUUGUCGGGAAUCCAAAGGAGCCAAUUACAGCCUGCUUGAAGCGGGUUAUUGUUCCGGACAAGAAUGGAUUGAAUCAGUUGCGGAAAGAGGUCGAAGUGAUGAAAACUUUUCGAGAUGGCCGCAACAUUGUCACUUAUUUUGACUCACACGCCGAGCGGCUCGACAAUGGCACGUACCAAGUCCUCGUGCUAAUGGAAUUGUGCCCUGGUGGCUCUUUGCUCGACUACAUGAAUCAAAAGAUCAAGACCAAAUUGACUGAACCCGAGAUCCUCAAAAUUAUGCUUGACGCGUGCCAGGGAGUCUAUGAAAUGCACAAGAGCAAGCUCAUCCACCGGGACUUGAAGAUUGAAAAUGUAUUGAUCAACGCCCAGGGCACGUUCAAGCUUUGCGACUUUGGAUCGACGACUGCUCCAAUCAUGCCCCCGCAGGACCAGCAGCAAUUCAAGCUCAUCAGCCACGACACUUUGUACCACACUACUCCGCAGUACCGGUCGCCGGAGAUGGUUGAUUUGUACAGACAGGUUCCCAUUGACGAAAAAGCCGACAUUUGGGCCCUUGGAUGCUUUCUAUACAAGCUCUGCUAUUACACAACGCCAUUCGAAGCCAACGGCGAAAUGGCCAUUCUACAUGCAUCUUUCCAGUUCCCGCCCUUGCCCCAGUAUUCUGGCGAUUUGAAAAACUUGAUCAUCAUUAUGCUCCAGGAGAAUCCGUUGUAUAGACCAAACAUUGUGCAAGUGUUGAUGCUUGUUUGCAAAAUCUCCGGUAUUAAGUUUGAGUCGUUGAAGCUAAAGGACUUUUACAAACUCGGCCCGUACAACUUUCAAACCUUGCAAGAGUACCAAGCUCAAAAGCAAGCAGAGAUUAUGAGGGAGAAGCAAAUAUACCUCCAUCAGCAAAGCUUGGCCAAUGCGCAAGACGAGGUGGUGGUGGUGGCAGCGGGAUCCCCUGAACAACCAGAAGCGGGGAAAGCAGUAGUAGUGGGAGAGGUGCUUGAGCCUAAAGAGGAACAGACGAAAAACCUCAAAGUGGAGGAGGCUAAUGUUGCAUCUCCAAACUCGCUACUAGGUUUCAGCCUGGGCAAUGACGAAAGUUUUUCAGAUCUUGAACAGCUUGAAGAUGCCGAGGAGAGGUAUCCCUCGUUACAAAAUCUAGCCGAAGAAAUGGCUGAGCCGGUAAAGGUGGCGUCGGAGAAAUCCAACGAGGAGAAACUGGAACGUCGGGUACCCAUCAUUGACGUUCAAAAGGGCAACACUGGUAAUAAUCCAUUCCAGCGAGACACGGUACACAACCCUUGGGCUGCUGAACAAACAACAGAUGCUUUGCAAACCAAUUUUCCACACGCCGAACCAGCAGCUCGCGACAAGGAGGCUGCACUUGCAAAUACAAGUACAACUGCAACUUCAAACACAACAGCUCAACACAAGCCAGACGGCGCUCCUCUGUUGCCCAUGAGGCCGCAAAUCUCUCCGCCUAUGGCACCUGUGGCAACUGUGGCACCAGUGAACUUCCAGAUGAACCCCCCGGUUUCGCCUUCAAUGGCUCCAGUUACAAACUCAAACUUUAGUCAGUAUAGCCGACCUGUUAUGCCACAACUCUCGUCCAACUUUAGCCUCCCACGGACUCUCGCGCCAGAAACAAACUUGAUUGACUUGGAAAAACCAGUUGAGAAAAAGCAGCCUGCAGAAGUCAAGCUCGUGGAAACCAAACCGGAUUAUCUUCGGAAACCCAGCUUUGAGCCCGCAAAAGGAGGAGGAGAUACUUCGUCGGCAAAACCAAACAUGUCCAAAAGGUUCUCCUCCAGUUCACAACUAGUGCUACAAGAGGAAGUGGUUGACUUUGCAUCAGAUGAUGAGAACUUGGACAACGGCUCCAACAUGAGCAGGAUGAAAAUCCGCAACUCAUUGAAAUUCCCAAAGGCUAGAAAGUCAUCUGAGCUCAAGCGUAAUGAUAGCUACAGUUCGGAUUCCAAAAAGAGGCAUUCAUUUUUUGGUGCAUAA